UAAACAGGAAUGCUGUGUCAUAGUAGAUUAGAUCUAACCUUAGUUGACCCAUCAUGGAUACCCAAUGAUCAUAGCUAGAUCUGACCUUCUGGGCAUUGUCACUCCGUUAGAAGGACGCUGGUUUGGAACUGGCGAGAACUAUCAACCUAAUCUAGACGUCCUUAACAGGUCCCUGAUUCCUGACAUCGCCCUUGAGCAGCUACUGCGCCCAGGCGCUGUGAGCCAGGGAAAUGGUGGGCUACGACGAUGUCCGUGACCAUGUGACAUCCUUGUUCAUUAUGCUGAACAAGAAAACAGUCAUCUUGUUUCGCAUCGAGUUUCUCGUGGUCCUUGUCACAUUACUGUUCUUUGCCAUGUUCGCCAUGGAUUUUUUUCGCCGCAUAAUCCACAACUCUUUCAUGAGAGCUGUCUUUAGCGUCUUCGACGCGGUCUCCGACUCCAUUGUCUUGUACCUCCUGGGGGCCAUGCAAUCGGCGCCUUUCAAGAAUCAGUUGUUCCCAGUCUGGGCUCUUGUUCUUGUCAAUUUCCGUUACAGUGCAGACUACAUCUCUGGCUAUGGUGUUCCUGACCGCGGCGGACGAAGGUUCACUGAGUGGAGAAAUGUUUUCAAGCUCCUGGGAUCGGCAUUCUUGAACUGGACUCGUGGAUCCAGUUUCACGGGUCCACUGUGGUCGGUCUGGUGUCUGCAGAUCAUGAGGAGCGCCUACAGAUUCCGUUCACAUAAUUUAGCGUCCGUUUCUGUCUGGCAUGGUGGGAGUUCGGAGCUUGUUGCAGAGCACAUGCGUGCCAUGUAUGACCGUUUAAAGGACGCUUCUAAGAAAAAAGAAAGCUUGAAGGAUGGUUCUAAAGAAAAAGAAUACUUGAAGGAGGAUCUCAAGCCAGUGGCAAUGAAAGACUACAGCUACUUGGUCUAUGGAGAAACAAAGCGACGUUUCAAACUAAAGAAGCCUCAGUAUGCAUUGUCUACCGACAAUACAGGACCACUCAUCACACUGGACAAGAUCUGGGACUUUCCAAUUGACCAGGGUAAGGAUGGCAAGGAUAUCCCGCUGGCCUUUGCCUUGUCCAGGCUGCUGCGGUGCAGGCUGGAGAAUGUGUCGCUGCAAAGAUGUAUAUUUGGCAUAAACCGAGAGCUGAUCAAGAACAUAAUUGGUGGUAAGAUAGGUACCAGCGAUGCACUUAGGAUAAUGGAGCUGCAGCUUGCGUUUGUCCAUGACUAUUUCAACACCCGCUACCCCAUGGUGUUCUGGUGUGGGCUCCGAUCUCUCUUCUUCAGUCUGGUUCCAUCUGUGCUAACCAUCGGUGCACUCAUUUUUCUUGCUGUGGACAUCCGUAAGGUCUAUAAGCCACCCACUGGCGACCUUGCCAAUCUGGUGAAGGGUAUUAAUGUCGACAUGAUCAUUACAUGGGUAUUCAUUUCACUGAUGAUUGUGAAGGAGAUAUGGGAGAUGCUGACCUACUUACUAUCAGACUGGACAACCUUAAUCAUGGGGUGCGAGUAUGUGCAGCGGAAGUUCAAGAGGACCAAAAAAUGUAUAGAUUCAUGGGUGGACUGGGUUCUACUGUAUUUUUCCAGAACAAAGAUUUCUGGUAGGAGGUGGCAUGGAUACAUUGACCAGUAUGUCUUCGUGCAGUCAUACGAUUACAGACCGACAUUUUGGAAUCUCAUUCACAAUCUAACCACAGGAAUAAUUCCAAAGAAGGAUGAUGGGGCAAAGCUCAGCAGCGCCAUCAAAGUUCCGGAUUAUGUCAGGGUGGCAGUCCUGGAGAAGGUCACAAAAAUUAUGGAGGAAGAACUAGGUUGCAGUCCCGCAAAAAAAGGUUGCAAUCUGCCCAGGUUCAUCAAGGCAUUGUGCAACAGCAACCUUAGUAAGCAGUUGCAGAACUACCAGGCUUACACAGCACGGCCCAUGAGCACUCAGAUCGUCCUGGAGACAAGCCCUCAGAUCAUCCUGCCAACACCAACAGGCACUCACUUUGUCCUACCGUCAAGUACUAACACUGUCCUGUCAGCAAACUCUCACAACGUGGUGCCGAGAAGCAGUGAUAUAGUCCUACCGACAAGCUCUCACAUCAUUCUUAUGUGGCACAUUGCGACCAGCCUCUGCGAGAUGGAGCUUGCCACAGAAUAUCGUGUCAACUUGAGCAACCCAGGGUUUCCGUGUUCCCUCUUGUCUUGGUUCACUUCUUGCUGCUCAUCCCAACCGUAUCUUUUGGACGUGGGUGAGAAGAAAGAUUGCAUCUUGUCAUGGUUCACAAACUGUUGCUCAUCCAAAUCAAAUAUUGACGACAAGAAGAAAAUGAAUGCGAAGUUGCCUGAUGAGCUCCGGGAAACAUAUAUCAUUGCAAAUAGCUUGUCACGGUACUGUGCAUAUCUGCUGCUUUCAAAGCCUGACCUGAUACCUGAUAGCUUUCUUGUUCCCAAGAUAGUCUUCCAGAAAACCGUGGAGAGUGCGAGUGAUGGCAUUCUGAAAGAUUGCGAUUCAUUAUUGAAAAGGUACAUAAACCUCAAGGAAGAAGCAGAGAAACCUAUCGAAGACUCUGAAAAUGAAGAUGCAUUGAAACAAGGUGCCGUGCUGGCCAGGGAAUUGCUCAAUCUUGAAACUGAUGAAGUUCGCUGGAAGAUCCUCGCGGAGGUAUGGACUGAGUUACUUAUACAUAUUGCGCCCACGUGGAAUGCACAGGCACACAAGAAGUGUCUCUCGGGAGGGGAGUUCAUAACCCACAUCUGGGCAUUGCUUUGGCACUAUGGCAUCGAGAAGAGCAGCUUGUGGCCAAAGGAUAUUGGUCCUGAAAACAAUGAUCCACAAGAAGUUGGCCUAGGAAAUGACAGUGAUCAAGCUGGAGCAGCUACAAGGAACGACCAGAUUGAAAUUAAUGUUGCUGAAAUAGUAAUAGUCAAAGAGCAUGAGGCAGGCAACUCAAGGGGAGUACUAAGGACCGUGGACGGAACAUGGAGUUCAGAAAUCGAGGAAAUCAUUCAGAACGUAACAGUGAAGACCACAAAUGUUCAAAGAGGCAAGGCUGGUCAAGCCCAAAAUGAGAGUAAAAUGAAGAAGAUUUAAGAUAUUGUUCCAGAGCAGUGCAAUGUGACCAUAAGCACAAGCCAACUAUGCAACCGUAAGUUCAGCAACAAGACUGCAAGCGUGGGCCGAGGAUCUGCUGAUAUCCUCUAUUUGGGGACGUGAUUUGUUAUUUGGAUGCUCUUGUCAAUGCCUUCUAGUUUUUUUUUUCCUUUUUCUUAUCUGUUUGUGGAAUCUCCCAUUCGACUAUCAUUUUGUGUGGGAUAGUGGGAGAGUGUUCUGCACUUUUCUACCAAAUUGUGUGCGGUACAGGAGGUUAUAUGAUGAUUGUAUUGAGUAUGUAAUUGAUAAUUUAGAAUCUCAACUGCAAUUA